AACCCUGGCUGGUGGUCAUGUGUGAACACGCUGUUGUGUUGUGAAGGUUUUGUGUUGUAGAGUGGUUUAAAGUAGUCGUUAGUUUAUAAUGUCGGAUAGCACUCUGUCAGUCAGAGAACGGGAGCUGAUGUAUCGAAUGAUGAUAAGUCAGCUUUUGUAUGAUGGUUUCCACGACGCCGCCGGCUUGAUCAGCAAAGCUAUUUCAGCAGUUCCCGAUUGUCCCCCUUCUAAUAGGCUUCAACAUGUUGUUCAGUUGGGUCUGCGUACUGACCUGGAAUUUCAGAGGCCAAAGAAUAUUUCAGACACAGUGGCGCCAGGCUCCUGCAUUGAUUUGGAGUUUGACACGGAUGUGAGGACUUCGGCACCAGAGGCAGCCAUGUAUGAGACGUGCUACGUGACAGCGCACAAAGGGCCAUGUCGUGCUGCAGCUUGGAGUGCUGAUGGUCAGCUGAUUGCUACUGGCUCAGAAGAUGCUUCAAUCAAAAUUCUUGAUGUAGAGAGGAUGCUUGCCAAGAGUUCAGCGCCGCUAAAUCCAGCAAUUGCCGACAACCAACAAAGCAACAUGGAAAGCCAUCCUGUCAUUAGAACAUUGUACGAUCACUUAGAAUCUGUUACAGCCUUAGACUUUCACCCCAGCAUUCCAAUCUUAGCAUCUGGUAGUAAAGACUACACCAUUAAACUGUACGACUAUUCCAAAUCGUCUGUCAAGAAAGCCUACAAGACAAUCAAAGAAGCAGAGAAGGUUAAGUGUUUGUCGUUCCAUCCGUCAGGCGAUUUUCUAGUCGUUGGAACCAAGCAUCCAACGUUACGCCUCUAUGAUGCAAACACUCUGCAGUGUUUUGUGUCCUGUAACCCUGUUGACCAGCACACUGGGUCCAUAACAGCUGUACAAUAUUGCCCCUCUGCUAAUUUAUACGUAAGCUGUAGUAAGGAUGGCUCCAUCAAGCUUUGGGACGGUGUUAGCAACAGGUGUGUGGCCACCUACGAAAAGGCACACGGUGGAGAAAAAGUCUGUUCUGUCAAAUUCUCAAGAAAUUCUAAGUAUAUAUUGUCCAGUGGUAAAGACUCACUUGUCAAACUGUGGGAGAUAGCCACAGGAAGAGCUUUAAUUACCUACACAGGUGCUGGAGUGGAGAAACAAAACCAUAGGACGACUGCCGUAUUUAACCACACAGAAGACUAUGUUUUCUUUCCGGAUGAAAGGACAAAUAGUUUGUGUUGCUGGGACUCCAGAAAUGCAGAGCGUAACCGAUUACUCUCACUAGGUCACAACAACUUAGUCCGUAUGAUGGUCCAUUCACCCACUAGCCCUGGACUUCUAACAUGCAGUGAUGACCACCGCGCCCGUUUUUGGUACUGCGUCAAAAGUGUCGACUAGAUAAACAAAUUCACCUUAACUUUGUUGAAGUCCAGAUAUGAAAAUAAAGUUGCUUUUUCUGUGUUUUACAGUAGUUGCACUGAGGAUUUCCUACCAGAGGUUAUAGGUGUCCACACUCAUCUCAAUCACCAUGGUUGUAGCAAAUUUUAUGAAUUGGCACCCUGGUUGGCAGCUUCUUCACCGACGGGGGUCUUGUGCAUCUGAUCACCCAAUGGUGACAUCUCCAUCACUGAUGCCCCCCUCCAUCACUGGUGUGUUAAUGUUUUCAUGUCAGUCUAAAACUAAUCAUCUUGAGCUCUUAAGUUCGUCGGACUUUUCCACUAAGCCACGCCCCUUGGAUAUUGUUGCUGAGGUCCCAAACAGUGUAAAAGCAGAGUUCUCAAGAUCUACGAAACUUCCGUAGUUGCUACAGAAAUUUUGCCUAAUUACAGACAUCCGGAAAUAGGCAGAAAUACUACUACGGAAAUAUAUCAUAGGCAUAGAAACAUAGAUAAAUAGGUCUUAGAAUGUUUAAAACAAAUGAUUUUUCCAUCAGGAUUUUUGGUUAAAAAACUCAAGACAAAUUAUUAGGUGCUUCGGAAAUUUUGUAUUUACUACAGAUAUUUGAAGACUUGGUUUCUGAAAUGCAUUUUACUGACUUGAGAAGUCUGUAUGUAAAUAUAAUGCGUUUGUGGGACCACACGGGUGUUAUGAGACAGGUGGCGCCAGUGGGGGGGGGG